CGGAAGCGGAAGUCGGGCGGUCCGGUGCGGUCCGGUCCGGUCCGGUGCGGAAGUGCCGGGUGUCGGUGGCCAUGGAGGGGCUGUACCACCAGACCAACAAGCAAGUCCAUGAGGUGCAGUCAUACAUGGGGCACCUGGAAACCUCAGACAAGGAGUCAGUGCACUUGGUAGAAAAUGAGAUUCAGGCCAGGAUAGACAACAUAUUCAGCAACUUGGAGCGUCUGGAAAUCCUGUCCAGCAAAGAACCUCCCAAUAAGCGACAGAAUGCUAAACUCCGGGUUGAGCAGCUGAAGUAUGAUGUGCAGCACCUGCAGACAGCUCUGAGGAACUUCCAGCACCGCCGGUACCUCCGGGAGCAGCAGGAGCGGCAGCGGGAGGAGCUGCUCGCUCGUUCCUUCACCACCAAUGACUCUGACACCACCAUCCCGAUCGACGAAACAUUACAGUUUAAUGAAUCCCUCCAGAAUGCCCAUCGUGGCAUGGAUGAUCUUAUUGGCAGUGGGACCAACAUCCUGCAGGGGCUGAGGGACCAGAGAGUGACAUUAAAGGGUACUCAGAAGAAGAUCCUGGAUGUUGCCAACACGUUGGGCUUAAGCAAUACAGUCAUGAGGCUGAUUGAGAAGCGAGCCUUUCAAGAUAAAUACUUCAUGAUUGGGGGAAUGAUUUUGACUUGUGUAGUUAUGUUUCUUGUCGUGCAGUAUCUGACAUGAGCUCCUCAACUGCUGCCAGAGGAGAUGGUCUUUUGGAGCAAGAUGGACUGUCCUCUAAACUCUACUUUCCUCUGCCUGCUGCUUUGGAUGAGCCCCUCCUGUGAACUUGAGAGUUGACAAAUCACACUUUGACACACUGUCACCUGGAAAGCAUGGAGGCAAACAGAUUUCUCUGGGGACACUGUAGAGAAUGGCCCUGGAAAAAUCUCCCUAGUCUUUACUGCUCUCAUCUUAACGGUCUGAAAGUCUAAAAAUCUGGUUAAAUAGGAAGCAGAAGUGAAACUUUUCCCCAGCUGUAUUGCAAGGUAGGAAUGUCCUUUUGGGAAGACAGGAGUGAGAGGAUGCAAAAGGAAGAGUAGAUGAUACAGUGAGAUAGAAGUAACCCUGAUCACUGGAUUUUGCAAAAGGAUGUCACCGAGUGGAAUUGUGCAUUGUUUGUGAGCACCCUUCUGCAGAGUAACUGCAAAAAAGAGGCAGGAAAUGCAGGGUUCCCAUGGGCAUUUUGCUUGGAGGCAGAAGGAUUUUUGGGGAGGGGUCUAAAAGUACAGUUACCACCUCAGCUGUUUGCUUUUUUGUUUACAGAUACAGUAUUAACCAGCAAAAAUCUUGCAGUUCUAGGCUGAAAUACUUCUCACCUGAGGUAUGUUUGGUACCUUUUUCUGCCCUGCUGCUUCCCAGUGGAAGCUGAAUGCUCUACUCCUGCCUGGUUUUGGUCAGAUGCAGUCAGGGCUAUGUCAUCCUAUCCAGCCUCUGACAUCUGCUAAGACUGACAUUUUUAGUGCUCAUGCACCACAUUUUGGUGAGUUGUGUUUAUAUUCUGAGGUGGCUGGCUGGGGCUUGUGCUCUGCAGCUGGCACAUUUUGAAUUGAUGAAGCAGGCAAGUCCUCACAGUCCUCACAUUGACAUUUGUGAAUUUUAUGUUCAUGCAGCUGGAAUGGGCUCUCUGCUCUUUGCAUUCAGAAUAGUGGUGGGAUUGGGCUGACACACCCAUCACUUUAAAUCAGUUUUCAGAAGAGUUUCCUCAAGUUAGUGCCUUGGGAUGGCAAACAUCCCUCAUCCUGGGGAACUGUGCUCUUGGCACUGCCCUUUGUACCCUCAGAACUACUGUGAAAACACCCUCAUACCUGUCACCUCACAGCUUAGCUGUGUCUCCUUGGUUGUAGGUAACUGUCCACCCUUAAACAUUCUUGGUUAUGAAUUGCCUCAUUGUUUAAAUGUAGCAUUCCUUUCCCUGCUGUUAGGAUGGGCACCUGGAGAUUCUGAGCAUCAUCCAUUUCAGUGAGCCCUCAGCUACAUUCCCACCCAGCUUUGUGUGCAGUCUGGAGCAUUUCCAGAUGUCCAAAUGCACAGCAGUGUCACAUUCAGAUGAUGUGGCAUAAUGCAGGCAACCCCUGCAUUUUUGUUUCUGUCAGGAAUGGUUGUGGGUCUUUUAAUUAGUAACAGAUUGCAAGUUAAGUUCUGCAUCCUGUCUUUGCUGCAAUAAGCUUUGCUUUUAUUAUGUAUCCUGUUGCAAACUUGGAGAAAGGGUAUUAAUAACUGUAAAAAUGAAUUUCAGUUAAUAUGGGCAAGUGAAAUGGGCUUUAGCUAUGCUUAACUUCAGUAUUGACUGACCUGUGUGCUGUGGCAGAGGUUUAGCACCCAGGGGAGCACCCAGAUUGCUGUCACAGACCAGUGAGCCACAUCCCUGGGACCCAGGGAAGAGGAAUCAGCAGUGGGAGUGGGAACUGCAUGGGCAGGGGAGUGGAGGCCACGAUGCCAUCAGUGCCUGGAUGAUGCCAGGAAAGCCUCAGUGCUUGCAGUGUACACCACAUGCUGCCCACCUUCUGGAUCCCCAUUUUGUGCUUCUCGGUGUGUUCAGUGCUUCUGAAAUGUUUUGUGCUUUUUGAGCUCCUCCUGGGCUCUCCCAAGGAAAUAAACAGACCAAGAAUCCCUUUUCUUUUGAGCCUGAGGGACUAGGGAAUUAAGAGGAGAAGAGGAAGUCUGAGAUCAUCUGUCUUACUGUAUCUUUCAUCUAAAUCUUUAAUCUAAAUGUAUCUUUAAAUACAGAAUCUGAUAGACUCAGCUUACUAUGCACUUGUGAGAUCAUCUAUGAGAUCAGUUGGGCACCAGGAUUGCUGCCACCUCUUUUUCUGUUCUGAUAAACUGGCCCAAUUCCACCUUGAGUUUUCAACUUCAUGGUUUAGGAUGUCACUGACAGUGCUAAACAGUUGUGGCCUGGUGUAGCAGGGUUUGUCUUAUACCAAGGUGGGGCUCUGGCCAAUUUGUUUUCUUCUUUUUGGCUUCUGGUAAGAGCUAUAUAAUAACUGGAACUGGAUUUUCCUGUCUGGUUUUGGGACUAGCUUGGCAUUUACACAUCUGUUCAUUUGUUUUGUCCUUUCAGUCUCCUUGUUCUUGUGCAAACUCAUUUCCCCUUUGUAAGCAACAGGUCCUUGCUCUUCCUUGUGGCUGCAGCUGAGCUGUGGGGCUUGAAGGAACCACUUGGAGAACUGGAUGAGAUGACAUGCAGCUUCAGAUCUGUCCUACAUGUUAAGUCCAAAAUGAGUUAUAGACCUCUCCAAGCCUCUGUCCUUACAUGUGCCACAGUAAGAGCUCAGGUGUGCUCCAGAUCCCUGCUGCCACGAAAUGAGGCAGAGCUGAGCCCCUGGUGGCUUCACAGCUCUUGGAGCUGCAGCUCUCUGUAAAGGUUCCUUUCCUUCUAAAGACUCCAGUUCCUUGGCAGAGCCAUUUUGCUUCUGAACCCAUGUGGCAUGGGAAGCCUUCUGGCUGUUGGAUGAACUGCUCUCGUGGGAGAGGACACUGUGGAAAUUAACUUGCCUCUGGAAUAAAAAACCUUUUUGUCAGUAUUUCAUAAUUAAAGGGGCAACGGUAGGACAUGAUGUGAUUCAUGUGAUGUGUUAUGUAAAUAAAGAUUUUUUCAAUCAAAA